CACUACACGACCACCAACAACAUUCGCCGUGCCGUCCUGGUUCUGUGGAACACAAGACACACUUCUCAUCUGCUGCGGACCACUACGGUCGGGAUUGGCCGCCUCUGGACCACGGCCUCACCGUGUGGCUGCAGCGUGCGACGAUGCCUGCGCCAGCCAUCUCCAAGCCCAAGCCAGAGCCUGCCAAGUCGGCCGCCUACGGCCACGUCUGCGUCGACUGCGCCAAGGCCAAAGUCAAGUGUUAUCCGCGCCCAGAAGGUGUCUGCGUCCGCUGCCACCGCCGCGGACAGCCCUGUACGCCCGCAACCCCUGCUAGGCGCCUUGGAGCGAAGCGUGCCUCUUCUGCCACGAGUCCAGGCCGCAGCUCUCGUCUCGAGGGUAAACUCGAUCACCUCGUCGACCUCAUCCGCUCACAGCAGGCUGCGCAGGAAGCUGCCGUAGUUGGGUCGUCUGCGACACAAAGCCCCGUCCAGCAGCAGCCGCCCAGUGCUGGUGCUCAUAUCGACCGUGGCCAGCAACCAGAGGCGGCUGCUGUGUAUGCACCAAAGUACAAUUACCAGGCGUUCCCUACUUCUCACAACAGACAGCAGCACCACUCGUCACUUGCGACCCCUUCAGCCACAACUGCUGCGUCACCAGCUAGGGGUCCUGAGUCGCCGGCUGGCCCUACGCCCUACGAGAAUGAACUGACCAUCAUGACGCCCGAGCAAGCUGAGCAGUGUCUUCAGACCUUUCGCUCAGGGUACAUGAAGUACCUGCCAUAUAUAUAUCUACCAGCAGACGUGGGUGCGGAACAGCUGCGUCGAGAUCGACCUUUUCUCUGGCUCAACAUCCAAGGAAUCUGUGCUCGGCCUCCAUCAAAACAGAUGGCACUGGGUGGCUUCAUCCGCGAAGUACUCGCGAGGCAGUACAUGAUCGAGGGGGAGAGAAGUCUGGAUUUGCUUUUGGGAACGCUGACAUGUCUCACAUGGAGUCAUUUCUACAACCGCGGACGGCCCAUGAUGACCAUGAUGUCCCAUGUUGCCAGAGCGCUCACGUACGAUCUCAGGAUCAACAAAGACUUUCCUGACGAUGCCCUGACAGGAUCCGUCUAUGCUAAAAUCGUGGAGAUACCAAAACCUCCGCUGAGUCACGAGGUUCGGAGGGCAUUGUUGGCGUGUUACAUUACUUCUUCUGUUUCUACAUCGUUUGGCCGACACGCUCCUCUGCCAUGGUCACGGUCCAUGGAAGAGGCAGCCCAGCAGCUGCGUGCAAGCCCAGAAACUCCCAGUGACGAGAUGCUAGUGGCCAUCGCGUCCGCCAGGCGGCUUAUUGACGAGACGAGUUUGCUCAACAAGCAGCAAGCCGACGACCCAGCCGGUUUUGGAAUCAUCACCGCGUAUAUUCCUGCGCUGAAAGCUGCUCUGCAAUCAGAGCGAGAGAGAUUGCCGUCCGCGUUGCGCGCGAACCGCCUGAUGACUUCAUACUUUGAUCACGUCGAGGUCUGCAUACACGAGCUCGCACUGCUCCAGCAACCUUCAGAUACCUACACAUCCACGAAGCCUGGCGCGACAACCUCUGCCCCAGGUGCGAGCCAAUCAACAAGCUCUGCUUCUGCACCAAAACACCAAAGCGCUGGAUCCCGACCGCCUGCGGAGCCCGUGGAAAGGACAUCCGCAGAGACCAGCAGCACGACGACGACCUCGAUGCUCGUGACAGCUCGCACCAAUAGCCGACGACUUGCUUACUUGACCACUUGCCUGGACGCCGCGAAGCGGUGUCUAGACAAUCUCCUCUCCCUCGACGCUGCUGACUUUUUGUACAUGACCUUCAGCGUGACCGUACAAGCCCUGUACUCGCUACAGACCCUUAAUCGGCUUGCGCUCGUGGAGGGGGUGGAUGGUUGGGAGAGAACCGAGGUUCGGAGUGUCGCCGACGGCCUGGAGUAUAUGGGUCGCUUAGAAUCAAAGAUGAGACAGGCCGGACGAAUCCUCAGAGAAGGGAGUGUGCGGAGAUUUGGUUGUGCCGCAAAUGGCAGCAGUAUCGACGGGGCAGAACACCCACCGCCGCCAGCGGAGCAAGAUGGUCCAUGGGAGGAGAGCUCUUUCACCAAGGGCGCCGAGCUCCUCAGGAAGACCGCCGAAGCGUGGGGCAAGGUGCUUAAUGCCAAGCAGCAGCCUGUCAACGGCAAGUCUCGCGAGCGAGGACUCGAGAUUGACUUUCAGUGUAUCAACGUUGCCGAAAUUGGCCAGCAGCCUAGGAGGGGCAACGACACCCGAGAGCCAGUAGGACGAGUCCUGUCGCAUCGCCAUGACCCCAGUCGAGGAGGCGGUGCAAGUUUCGACAAUAUCCUCAACCACCAUGACCCAGCAGAAGACGUGGUCAUGGGCGGCAACAUGGUCAACCAGGUGGGGAUCGGCGGUGUUGCGGGCGGCGUGCCACUUUACAGCAACAACCCAUAUGCCCCCACCACCGCAGGAAUAAUGCCUGAUGGUACAGCCGUGUUUGGCGGGAUGGGUGACCCAAUCCUGUACCCUGGCGUGCCGGACUAUAGCUGGAUGUCUGACAUGCUUGGGUACUGGGAGCUCUAAAUAGCAUCGGGUGUUUAACCCCGUCACAGAUCAAACCCGGACAGGCAGGCGUUGUUCCCUGAUGUAUUUAAUUUGCAUUCGCCCUUGGCACCAAACUUCCACCUGCGAGGUCCGCCUGGCUCUUGUAGUAAUACGAAGCAUG